UGUCCCCUCCGGUCCCCAGAGCGUGAGAAGACGGCGUGCGAGCGCCACCGAGACAGCGUCCAGACCGCCUCCUCCAGCUCCUCCGUCUUCUCCUUCCUCCGCCCGCGGCCGGUUGCCGGGGGCUACGUCCCGCAGUGCGCCCGCCACGGAGCCUACGAGCCCACGCAGUGCCACGCCGCUGUGGGACAGUGCUGGUGCGUGGACGCCAGCGGACAGGAGGUCCCCAACACCCGCACCGGGCCCGGCAGCACCCCCCUGUGCAUCGACCAGGCGGUGACGCCGGCUCCGGUGGGCCCGACCCCGCGGCCCGGCGUGCGCCCGUUGCCCCGGGAACACACCUGCUGUUCGCUCGAGCGGGGGAAGAUCGAGCUCGUCCCUCUGGACGGGGACAACAUCCGGAAGGAGGACGCCAGACCUCUGCUGCAAACUCCCGACCGGGUGGUGAUCGCCGUGGGUUACGACUGCGUGGACAAGAUGGUUUACUGGACGGACAUCACGGGGCCGUCCAUCAGCAGAGCCAGUCUGACUGGAGGAGACAUUGUCCCCGUCAUCACUACAGAGCUGCAGAGUCCUGAAGGCAUCGCCAUCGACCACGUGGCGCGCCUCCUCUUCUGGACCGACUCCAUGCGAGACACCGUGGAGGUUUCAAAACUGGACGGCAGCCAGCGGCGAGUCCUGUUCGACACAGACCUCAUCAACCCUCGACCCAUCGUCACCAACCCGGCGUACGGGCGGCUGUACUGGGCUGACUGGGACAGAGACAGUCCCAAGAUCGAGAUGUCCAACAUGGACGGGACGGACCGGACCGUCCUGGUGAAAGACGACCUGGGGCUCCCCAACGGCCUGACCUUUGACCUGGAAGACCAGCAGCUGUGCUGGGCCGACGCAGGGACCCGUAAGGUGGAGUGCAUGGACCCCCACCGCCGGCUGAGGAGGCGGAUCGUGGCAGGGAUCCAGUACCCGUUCGCUCUGGUGGCCUUGGGGGGGAAGCUGUACUACACCGACUGGAGGAGGGAGGCGGUGGUCUCUGUGGACCGCCACUCGGAGAAGGAGACGGAGGAGUUUCUGCCACAGAAGCGCUCUCGGCUGUACGGCAUCACCACCACGCCGAGCCGGUGUCCACAAGUGUACAACUACUGCUUGGACAACGGCGGCUGCUCCCACCUGUGUCUGCCGCGGCUCGGCGGCUUCACCUGCCGCUGCCCGGACGCCGCCGCCGGCCGCUGCGUGGAGACGACCCCGUGACGCGUGGAGACGACCCCGUGACGCGUGGAGACGACCCCGUGACGCGUGGAGACGACCCCGUCUCUGGGGAACAGAAACAACACACUAACCCUCAUGUUGUCGACCUGUCGACCUUUUAGUUUAACUGGGUGCAAAUUCACACUUUUUGUCACUUUUUGCAGAAUUUUCUGCACUUUUUUUUCACGUUUUUUAAGCUUUUUCCGUCAUUUUUGUACCUUUUUUUUCUAUUUUCUUUUAUAAAUUCAAUGAAAGUAGUGAACUGAUCAGUUAUUUUACUCGUAAAGAGCGUCGCGUGGAACCGUCCAUGUUCUUUUUUUUUUUUUACUAUUUGGUUGAUAGAAACCCAAAUUUUGUAAUAUAGAAACAUUUCAAAAAAAGGGUCCAAUCUGACCCGAGGACAACAGGAGGGUAAAAGAAAGUUCUUUUUUUUUUACAAGUGCCUACUUGAAUUGAACAUUUCUACGAUCGUUCUAAGAGUGUUACGUGUUCUUUUUUGUUUUCUUGGGCAUUUAAAGCUGUUUUUACAACGUCACACUUCAGGAGAUGAUGAUCUGUUUGGGAUCCGAACCAGAUCUAAAGUCCAGGGAGCUUUACACACGGCAGGGGGACCAAAGACGCGUUUACUCCCCAGAUAAUCAGUGGAAACCGUACCAAACGUGUGUUUAACCGUAUUUUUAAAGUGAUUCAUUAUAAAUGUGUCUGAAAGAAAACUGCGAGAGACAAUCAGAUCCAACCUCUAGUCUUCUACUGAUGAUCAACAACUUGGAUUCUUACCUGAAAGAAAGAUAAUCUGACUGAGAAAUGCUAUUUUAUAUGAAACACACAUACAUAUAUACACAUACAUAUACAUAUAUAUAUAUAUAUAACACAUGUAUAAUAUAUAUACAUAUAUAUAUAUAUAUAUAUAUAUAUAUAUAUAUACACAUGUAUAUAUGUAUAUCAAACUGUAAUUAGAUAUAAAACUGUCGGACAUGUUCUUCUUGUUAACUUGUAAUAGUUUUUUUUAAAGGUGCCCUGCCACAUAAAACCAUUUUUACUUGUAGUUUUUUACAAUGUGUGUAUGUGUGUGUGUAUAUGUGUGUUUGUGUGUGUAUGUAUGUGUGUGUGUGUGUGUAUGUAUGUGUAUGUAUGUGUGUAUGUGUGUGUGUAUGUGUGUAUGUGUGUGUGUAUAUGUGUGUGUGUAUGUAUGUGUUUGU